AUGACCGAGACUAUAUCCGCCGACUACCUCGUCAUCGGCGCGGGCGCUACGGGAAUGGCCUUCGUUGAUUCCCUGAUUGCCGCUAAGAAGGAGAUCACGGUAGCCAUUGUCGAUCGCUAUUCGCGCCCGGGAGGUCAUUGGACAGUUGCCUACCCCUUUGUGACCCUUCACCAACCAUCCUUCGUCUACGGUGUCAACUCUCGACAUCUCGGAGAUGGGAAAAUCGAUCAAGUUGGAUUCAACAAAGGCCUUACCGAGGUGGCAUCGGGCGACGAGGUUGUUGCCUAUUACACCAAGGUCCUGAACAAUACUCUCCUCCCUUCCGGUCGCGUUACCUAUUACCCACUGCACAACUACACUGGCGAUGGAGAGUUUCAAUCGAUUGUCACUGGAAAAACCAUCCGGGUUGGACCGAACACUCGUAUUGUAGACGCCACAUACGUGAAGAUCACAGUCCCCUCUAUGGCUCCACCUUCGUAUGAAGUUUCAGACAAAGUCAACCUUGUCACGCCCAACGCUCUAGCAACACUGAAGCGACCGUACGGCGCCUACACAAUCGUCGGAGCCGGGAAGACUGGAAUGGACGCAUGCUCGUUUCUCUUAACCCAAGGCAUUGACCCGAAGCACAUUUCUUGGAUCAUGCCGCGCGACUCCUGGUUCUUGGAACGCGCUACACUUCAACCUCCGGAGACCACGCCCAACCCCGAACAACUGCUGGAAGAAAAGGGCGCAGCCAUCAUGGGGUCCAAAACAUCUCAAGAGAUGUUUCACCGCAUGGAGGAAUUCGGGCAUGCUCACCGUCUGGACAAGAGCAUCGAGCCUACCAUGUUCAGGCACGCGAUUGUCACCAAGGCGGAGUUUGACGAGGUGAAGAAAGUCACGAACAUCAUACGUCAGGGACGGGUCAAACGCAUUGACCCAGACAAGGUCACUUUAGAGAAGGGCACAUACACUCCUGUGCCCGACACUCUCUUCAUCGACUGCGCUGCGGCUGCUUUAGGAAACGUGCCACCCAUUCCCGUCUUCAAUGGCAGAAACAUCACGAUCCAGAACAUCAAGUUCUUCCAGCCCACGUUCAGCGCCGCUCUCGUUGGACACGUCGAAGGCAGUUACGACGACGAAAAGUUCAAGAACUAUCUUUGCGACCCUUUUCCGUACACUCGCAUACCGGCGGAAUAUCCUACGACCUUGCUGGCUUCUAUGAGGAACAGACUCAAGUGGAUGGCGGAGCCCAAGGUGAGUGAAUGGUGUGAAAAGUCUCGUCUUGACUUUCCCAUCAUGGGUAUUCCGCCGAGGGAUCCUGAGAAGGCCGCAGCUUUCAAUGCUGGUAUUGAGCAGCGGGUGAGGGGUCUUUGUGAUCACUUGGAAGUGAUGGCAAAGAACGAUGCCGCGAGUGUAGCUGUAGCCUAG